AUGACAACAACAACAACAACAUCCUGGAAAACAACACCAAUAAGACCUCUUCCUCUUAUAGGUGGACCACAAUCAGCAUUUGCUCGUCUUUUUCCUGAAAAAUAUCGACAACAAGAAGAACUUCUGAAAAAACAACGUUCAAAAUCAAGUGAUAAUCAACGUUUAAAUAAUGAUCAAAUUAAAAUUGAACAUAGAACAAGUGAUGAUAAUGAUAAUAAACAAAAAUUAAGAAGAUCUUAUCGAGUUCGAUUGCAUUCAAAUAUUAAUAAUAAUUUUCAAAAUCAUACUAAAUCUGAACCAUAUCUUAAUAAAAUUCAUCUAUCAUCAGAUUAUUCAAAACAUAAUAUUAACUAUAAUAAUAAUAAUCCUGUAACAAUGUAUCAUACUAAUGCAGAUGAUAUUACUUAUACUCAAACAAUAGGAACUCGAUAUUUAAGAUCACCUACAUCACCUUCACCUGAACCUCUUGUUUUUCGUGAAAAACAAACAAUAUCACCUAAUUCAACAACACCAUCAAUACCACCUCGUACUCCAUCGCUAUUAAUUGUUCGGAAACAACCAUCAACAUCUCCGAAAUAUCAACCAUCAGAAAUGAUUACAAAAACAUUACCAUCACCUCCAACAGUACCACGUCGUGUUAUUAUUAAACAUAUACCACCUUUACCAGUUAAGCCACGUCCAGUAAUUAUUGAAAAAUGUUCAUCAUCUAAACCAACAAAAGAACAUCGUGUUUUACAUCAACACACUGAACAAAGUCGACCUAUUCAACGUAAUCUUAUUCUUCGAUAUGAACCACCUCGUGUUAAAAUUAAACAAGAAAUUCAAAAUUUUGGUUGGUUUCGUGUUGAUCCUAAACUUUAUCAAGCUCAACAUGGUUCAACACUUCGACGUACAGAAAGUAUUCGACAAGUUUUAGAAAAUAUUGGAUGUAAUGCUGAUUUAAUAACAUCAACUGGAUAUAAUACAUGUUAUUCUUCAACAACAAAUCAAACAAAUAAUUCAUCACAAUAUGAUUAUCCACGACAAACAACUCGUUUUACUAAUAAACAAUUAAAUACAUUUAUCGGUUCAUCUAUUCCAACAACAACAACUAAAGAACAUUAUUAUGAUGUACCGAGACAAUAUGAUGAUGAUAAUACAGAAGUUUUCUCUAUAGUUUAA